GAACCCCACUCCAGCCCACCCUUCCCAUUCAUUACUAUAUCUUCAAGUAGAAACACAAAAACACACAUAACCCAUGGAUGAUGUAUGGAAAGACAUCAGCAGCCUUCCAUCUCUUCACCACCCUACCACCACUCAUCACCUCCAAGAUUUCUUUGAUCCAGAUGCAGCCAGGGCUGGUGGAGGUGGUAGUGGAGCCACCCUCCACCACCCUUCUCCUCCAUCACCACCACCGCCACCGCCACCCACCACCAUGUUAAGUCUGAGUACUUCUGGUAACUCAGCACAUGAUCAAGAACCAAUACAUAAUAAUUCAUCAACAGGAGCCACUCCACAUGUAACAAAUCAAAGAUCCCCCCCUAAGUACAGUGACAAGUUCAAGCGUCUGAUGAAGAACCGUGAAUCAGCUGGUCGCUCUAGAGCUAGAAAACAGCAACACCAAAUUUAA